ACUCUUCCGUCAGUCUAUCGGGAGCCUUCGUCGUGUGAAAAUCGGGCGUAGUUCUAGUAGUUCUAGAGUGUAGUGUGGAUUUAUAGAAUUUGGUUUUAGGGAAGAAAAAGCUCUGUAGAGUAGUGGUUUUGACUCAUAACAAGUGAAAAAUAAUGAUUUAGCGGCAUUUCUGGUGUUUAAAUAUCAUUGAAGGCGAAACAUCACUCUCUAUGAACAUUAUUAAUUUUCUAUAGGAAAGACUUUAUAUAGAAAAUAGCCGCAAUAGAUUUUCUCGGAUAUCUGUUCCCAAUAAGCAACCGACCUCUCCAACUGGCAACAGUACAUAUGUGCUAGUAAAAGUGGCAAGCUCCGGGCAAAAUAAGGAAUCAACAGCGGCACCGGAAUGUCGUAAACCCGAUCCGGAUGCCAUCGUAGUCGAAACAGCAGUAGCAGCAUCAGCAUCAACGGCUUCGCCAGCACUUCAGCAGCAAAAGCAACAGCAGCCAAAAAUUGCAAUCACUCAGUUGAAAUCACUCACAAGUUGCACUACAACCACAACUAUCACCACCAAGAGUAAAACCGGCGCCGAAAGCACCAGCAGUAGGAGCAGCACCGCCACAAAGCCCACCGCACAGGAAGAGGAAGUUGACGAAGGGGAUAGCAGUUCCGGCCAAUUAGUCAGCACCAGAGGAAUAUGCACCUUGCGGGUGAAGAUUUUCCUCAUCAAGCAUCUCUCUAAGCUAGUCGCGUGCAACAAAAAGAUGUUUCUUCCAGUGAAAUCCAACACAUCUCCAGUAACCACCGAAGGAACCAACGGAGAGGAUGUCACCACUGUAACCAGCAACUCGACGCAGACACCGAGCGAUCUCAGCCCGCCAAACAUGUCCGGUGACGACAUACUGCCCCAGGCGCACCACCAAAAUCCUGGCCACUGUAUAGCAUCGUUCUCGGCCAUUAACCGCAUGCGACAGAACGCUCAGCUCUGCGAUGUGGCACUGGAAGUCGGAGGUGAAACCAUCAAUGCACAUAAGGUCAUACUGGCUUCGGUUUCGCCGUAUUUCUAUGCGAUGUUCAACGACGACAUGCUCGAGCGGAACCGGGACGUUGUCACCCUGCACGACAUCGAUCCAUCGUCACUGAAGCAACUCAUCGAAUAUGCGUACAGUGGGGAAAUCACCAUCACCGAGGAAAACGUACAGGUCCUGCUUCCAGCGUCCAGCUUGCUACAGAUUCAAUCGGUUCGAGAAGCAUGCUGCAAGUUUUUGCUACGCCAGCUGCACCCUUCCAACUGCCUGGGGAUUCGAAGUUUUGCAGAUGCCCACUCGUGCAAGGAGCUUCACUCGCGUUCGCACCGUUAUGCUUUGCAAAACUUUCAACAAGUUGUUGGCACGGAGGAAUUUCUGUUACUAGGAUUCAAUGAGGUGCAAGAUCUGAUCUCCAACAGCCAGUUGAACAUCUGCUCCGAGGAAAAGGUGUUCGUAGCCGUGCUGAACUGGGUCAAGCAUGAUCUCAGCGAGCGCAAGAAGCACAUCUCAGAGCUGAUGUCCCACGUGCGCCUUCCGCUGGUGAACCGCGAAUUCCUGAUGUCCUGCGUCGAAACCGAACCAUUGGUGCGGGAAGAUUCCCACUGCAAAGAGCUUCUGUUGGAGGCCAUGAAGUAUCACUUGCUUCCCGAGCAGCGAAGUUCGCUGGUCAGUCAACGCACAUUGGAGAGACGUCCGGAGGGAAUGCGACAGUACAUAUUUGCGGUCGGUGGUGGCAGCCUGUUCGCCAUCCACAACGAAUGCGAAUGCUACAAUCCGAAGACCAACGCCUGGAUGACCAUUUCACCGAUGAGCUCUCGGAGAUCCAGAGCUGGUGUGACGGCUCUGAGGAAGCUGCUGUAUGUUGUUGGCGGAUAUGAUGGAGAGAAUGACCUUGCAUCGGCGGAAUGCUACAACCCAUUGACCAACGAGUGGUGUAACAUAACUCCCAUGGGAACCAAGCGGUCAUGUCUGGGCACGUGUGCUUUCGAUGGACUUCUGUACGUUUGCGGCGGAUAUGAUGGUGCUUCCUGCUUGGCCAGUGUUGAGCGAUACGAUCCGUUGACCGCAGUUUGGACGUCUUGCCCGGCGAUGAACACCAGGCGCCGGUACUGCCGAGUUGCUGUUUUGGACAACUGUAUCUACGCUCUGGGAGGUUUUGAUUCGAGUAACUACCAAUCGUCGGUGGAGCGGUUCGAUCCGAGGGUUGGCAAUUGGUCCGCGGUGCCGAGUAUGACAUCGAGGAGAAGCAGCUGCGGAGUUGCGGCCUUGGAUGGGUAUCUGUACUGUAUAGGAGGCAGCGAUGGAACCAUGUGUAUGCAGACGGGAGAGAGGUUCAAUCUGAGAGCCAACAGUUGGGAGCCAAUUAGUGCGAUGCAUUCCAGAAGGUCAACCCACGAAGUCGUUGAAGCGAAUGGGUACCUUUACGCUUUGGGAGGAAACGAUGGGUCAUCAUCCCUGAACUCGGUAGAACGGUACGAGCCGAAGGUCAACAAAUGGACGAUUGUUACCUCGAUGCUAACGCGACGUAGUUCGAUAGGGGCAUCGGUGCUGGAGUGCUUCAAUCUGGAACGUGGCUUGCUUCAAACCAGUAUAUGACCGAUCAUAGCACAUCUAGGCGAACCGGUUGGUGGGAGUGUUGCCAGUUCAGUAGCGACAACUACUUCGAAUACCGCGACCAAUGGAACCCAGUGAAGGAGUUGUUUGUUAAAUGGAAUUCAAGCGAAGUAACGUGUAACAAUAGAAUAGUGUGUAUGCGCAUAAAACAGUUGAAUCUAGUAGGAAAUUUACAAAUUUCAAUUAACUAGCUAGUCAGAGACAUAGUGAAACUCGAAUCGGUGUCGCCAUGCAGUUGGUUUUGAUUACUUUUCGAACAACGACGUGUGAACUAAGGUAGUUCCUGGAUACUUUGAUUCUUUGAUCUGAUCUCCUUAGAAUUUCCUUAAAAAUUCGGCAACUUCAAUAGUUCAUCCAACAAUUUCUAAAGAGACAUCUUCUCCAAAAUUGGUAUUCAGGAAUUUCUCAAGGGAUAACUUUGUAGAAUACUACGGAGAUUCCUCCUUAGAUUUUUUUUCUGAGAUUUACCCGAGAAGUCUUACAAAGAAUCUUUGAAAGAAUUCCAUUAAAAAUUCUUCAAUAAAACUUUGUGAAUUUUCUUGGAAGAGCUCUUCUAGGAUUCUUGGGAGGUCUCCUAGAGUCACAAGAAAAGAAAUCGAUGGAAGAAUUAGUGGAAAAAUGUCUGCAGAAAAUCUUGUGAAUAUUUCCAAAUUAAUCCCUGUGGAAAUUAUUGGAGGUAGUAACAUUGGAGCGCUCAUAGAUUUCCUAGAGAAAUUCCUCUAACAAUUCUAACAUAUCGCUAAAUGAAUUUCUUGAGAAACUCUGCGGAAAUGGUAAUGGAAUCUAUAGAGGAGUGUAUGAAGUGAUUUCUGAAGUUAUCCUAGAAAAAAUCACAUAAAAAAUUCGUUAGCUUUUCCUCGUGAAAUCUGAGAUGGUUACUCUAGGUCCUCUAGAAUGUUUGUUAUCCGUCACCCUCUGGCACUUCUUAUUGAUCCAACCGAUGCUAGGUCGCCUCUGAGCAGUAUCUAUUACCUAUGGCGCUGCUAUGCUUACCGCUCUUUGGAGAGACUGGUUUUCGAUUUACCAUCAAAGCCCAUUUUCUUAUUUUAAACUAACUAUAUUACACACAUGGUGUUUUAGAUCUUGUUAUUGGUAUGCCUAAAUGAAUAGUAAUAAUUAUUUUAUCGAUGCAAUACAAUGCAUACUUGCACAAAAUGUGAUCGUAUUCUUUGUUCAAACAGAUUUAUUGAAAAAACUUGCAAUUCAUGAUUUUCAAUCCGCUCUACCGAAUGUUUGAUUUUGAUUUUACUAGCAUAAGUCGUUGCUCGGAUAUUUUUCAAAUCAACGUUGAAUGGCCUAAAAAUAUUUUUUUUUGUUUUUAAUACUUACUAAUAAAUAGCUAAAAUCGUCAUUUGUUAAAGUAAAAAUAAUCAAUAUCUCGUGGCGAUUUGUAAUACUGAAUCUGUACUGUAGAUAAACAUCUAUUGGUAGUUAUAAUUUGAUUAUGUUGGAGUAGCUUUCUAAGCAGUAUUCGGAACUUUGGAGUACAGUAGCUAUGUAGUAAAUUUGUAGUAAACAAUUAAAAUUUAAAAUCAUUC